CAUUUUAUGUUUUUGAAUAAUAGCCGGAGCUAGUGUGGCGGAGUGCGUAUCUGUGGAAAUCUGCCCGGAGCUCAGGCGCCAGCGCACAGCCCGGAAAAAAGGAGCAGCUUUUCUUUUUUUUUUUGGGGGAGAAUUUAAAAGGCGCUCACCGUCGCUUUCAGAGACAUGGGCUCAGAGCCACCCAGCUCUCCACAGGUGGUGGAAGAUGGAGCAGAGGAGGAUGAGGAGGAGCUGAGUGGAGGAGAGGAGGCAGACCUGCGUUCCAGCUCGGGCCGGGGCUCCCUGCUGACCCGGAGGGGCAUCACACUGAGAGUGCUGCUCAAGGACGGCCUGGUGGAGCCGGGGGACGGCGUGCUGGCAAUCCACUACCUGGGUAAGAACUUUGUAGGAGAUCUGUUGAAUGAUGGGAAAAUCAGGUGGGUGGAGACGGGCCAGAUCUUCAACUCUCCAAGCGCCUGGGCAACACACUGCAAGCGUCUGGUCAACCCAGCCAAGAAGUCCGGCUGUGGCUGGGCAUCCGUGCGCUACCGGGGUCAGAAGCUGGUCCAGUACAAAACCACCUGGCUGCACAAGUACCAACCCAGCGCAGACAUGAGCCUGGUGAGUGAGGAGGACGAUGAUGAGGAUGAAGAGGAAGGGAAAACAGCUGUGCAGGCAGAUGAGAAGAACAAGAACAACAAACCUGGAUUAAAUGACCUGAUGGUUUCACGGAGAACCGACCGAGAGAGAAUUCCUGUCAGAUAUUGCACCUUGGGAACCAGAGAUGCUGCCAGAGAUCCACACACACUGGUGGAGCUGUCAGCCUUCUCAGCCAUCAACAGAUUCCAGCCUUUCAAUGUAGCCGUGUCCAGUAAUGUACUGCUGCUAAUGGACUUCCACUGUCACCUGACAACCAGUGAGGUGGUGGGAUACCUCGGAGGACGAUGGGAUACAAAUACACAACUGCUGACAGUCUUAAGGGCUUUCCCCUGUCGGACCAGACUGGCAGACAGAGACUCUGCUUCUGCUGUUGAGGAAGAGAUCUGUCAGAACCUGUUCAUGCGUGGGCUGUCGUUGGUGGGCUGGUACCACAGUCACCCGAGAGGUCCCGCCCUGCCGUCGCUGCAGGACAUCGACUCUCAGAUGGACCAUCAGCUGAGGCUGCAGGGUUCAAACAACGGCUUCCAGCCCUGUCUGGGCAUCAUCUGUGGGCCGUAUUAUCACGGCAAUCAGGGCGUGGCUUCAACAAUAACCCCAUUCUGGGUCGUACCACCGCCAGAGCAACGGCCUAACGACCACGGUAUCCCGGUGGCUGUCGAGGUCACCUACGUACAGGACAACUUUCUCACCAGUGAUGUUCUUAAUGAGAUGAUGCUGCUGGUUGACUACUACAGGACAGCUCCCGACAUCGUCCAGUUCAGCCAGUAUUGGUGUCCUGAUACGACCAUGUUGGACAAAAUCAAGGGCUCUCUGAGUUGCCACGCUCCCAAAGAUCAGGCCUACUCUCAGAUCUUGGAGCAUGUCUACAGUCAGCUGAGCUGCACACACUGAGGGGAUCUGCUGUGCAUGUGGGCAGCUCUCCAUCGCAAGUCGUUCCAUUUCAAAGAAAAAACUUUUGUGCAGAGAUGACAGGACUGGAGUGACGGAUGUACCAUAAAAAAAAACCUGCUUGAAAAACAUAUAGAUGCCUUGAAUUCUCUCAUGCUUGAGUCAUUUUGAUACAGCGUUAUCGUGAGUUUAAGAGAAAUAUACAAAUGAUACUCACAACUAAACAGGACCAGAUCAGAAAAACACACUACCAACAUUUUUCAGAAGCAUUUCAUGGACCAGAAAUCAACCUGCCUGAUUGGCCUCUUCCCUGUUGGACCUAUGUGCCUAUCUGUGCCAGUAUCCUGUACUCUGAGCAGAUAUGUGUACAAUGUAUACUUUUAAUGUGUUGUAAUGCCUUUAUAGACUACACCAAUGGAGCAGUAGUUGGUGGGGCGGGGGGAAGUGAAAAUGAGUAGUGAAUAAUAUACUACAAUAGCUAAAGUAUGCAAGUGUGUCUUGGUUUGACCUGAACUGUACUCUGCAAUACGUUUUGUGAAUGUGUUCCUCAAGUGAAAUUGGAUGGUUACAAUGUGGUGCAAGUAAUAUCAUUGUGCCAAGCAAAUUGUAUUUGUUUUUUUUAAAUGAACCUGUGUGUGUGUGUGUGUGUGUGUGUGUGUGUGUGUGUGUGUGUGUGUGUGUGUGUGUGUGUGUGUGUGUGUGUGUGUGUGUGUGUGCUGUGAAUGUGACCCUCUACUGUCUCCCUGUCAGGUUAUGUGAGACGCGAGUCCUGUUGGUUAGGACAGAUAUUUGCUUCCUCUUUACCCGUACUGUAUUUAUUACGAACUGUGGAUUGUGUGAUGUACAUGUAUGAUGACAGAGCAAUGCCUUAAGCCUGCUGAUGAUCCACAAAGCAUUAAAAUAUACACACUGGAACUAUUUAAACACAACUGUUUGUACUCAAUUCAAAUGUUCCCAAAUAUUC